CCCGCAGAGCGCCCUGAGGUCCUGGCUGGUCCCGAGAGGAAGGGUAGCCAUUAGCUGCCCCACCCGGUGACGGACGCACACCGCCCCGCAGGCCCGCGCGGCCCUGCGCUGCGCGGUGAGCCGCCUGUGGGAGGCGGAGCCGUGUCCUCUCGGCCGUCCGGACACUAACCACCGCUUCCAACCCCAACUCCGAGGUCCCCAACCCUGAGUCCCGACCCCGCUGCCUGUCAACCCAAGCCGCCCAACUCCAACGGCCUUCAACCCCGAGCCCCCUAACCUCGACGCCCCCUUCACCCCGACACCCGUCAACGCCAACGCCUGUUAACCCCGAGGUUUCCCAACCUGAUGACCCUUCAAAAUGACACCCCCAACCUGGAUGGCCACUAACCCCGGUGCCUCCUAACCUGCCGUUUCCCAACCCUGCAGCCCACUUGCGCCCCUUCCCUCUGGCUCUGUGCUGUCCCAGAUGGAGAAGCAAUGGCUUCCACUUUGCCUCCCUAGCACGUGCUGGGGGCCAUGAGCUCUACCCCACCUCAAAUGUGCAGGGUGGGGUGCGUGGGGAGACUGCCUGGUCAGGGCACUAGCAGACCACAGAGCUGGGGUCAAGGGCGCUGCUGGCCUUUCAGGAGACUGAGAAGGAAGGGUUCUCCAUGUGGUGGCAGAGGACACAGGACAUUUGACCCAGGAGAAAGUGGGCUAUGACCUUGCAUCUGCCUUCUGCAUCCUGAUUUCUCUGGGUGGGAUUUUGGAAGAGAUAAAUCCUCCCUUGCUGCUGCUUUUCUAAGGGGUCUGGGAGCCACAAGGUGAAGGCCCCAGACCUGGCUCCUCACCUCUAGACAGGGGUAAAGUGAACCAGGCAGGUCCUCAAUUCAUCAUCUCCUGGACCCAACACACCCACCUUGAGGUCAACCACACCGGAUAGGAAAUCCCCUGACACAGGCCACUAGGUGUUCUCACAGUCUGCUGCCUGGCCUGGCCCCACACACCCCUACCUCACCCCCCAGCCACAGCCUCAUCGCUGAGGCACUGGGAGCUCCUGGCUGCACUAGGCCUUGGCUGAGCUGCCCACACCCGCCCUUGACCAGCUGGGAGAGGAGUAGGACUUGGCUGCGCUUCGGGGUUCCUGGGCAGCCAUGGGAGAGCUGUUUACAGAGAGGGAAGUGGCUCUGGUGUUUCUCUUCUUGGAGAACACAGCUUUCCACCAGGGUUUUCCUUUCAGUGAAGACAUAACUUAAGGAGAAGAGGAACCCAGGAGAAAAGGCUGAAAGCAUUGCUCUGCCCCAUGAGCGUGAGUUGAGGGAACAUUUGCCCUGAACCAGUGCUUCUUUUCACCUUGACUGUUUUUUUCAUUUUUAGCCAUGAAGCAAGAGGAAGAUGCCAGCCCAGAGGCCGGCUUUUGUCUGGGUCCUGUCCUGCAGUCCUGGGGGCUGCAGUUGACGGAGCAGCGGUCACAGUCUACCAUGCUCGUGGGGAUUGUGAUCGGAGCCCUCCUGGCCCUCGCCCUUGUUGGCGUCACCGUCUUUUUUGUGUAUAGGAGAGUUAACCGAUUCCGACAGGUAGAGCCCGCUCCGCAGUACAGAUUCCGAAAGAGAGACAAGGUGAUGUUUUACGGCAGGAAGAUCAUGAGGAAGGUGACCACGCUGCCCCACACUCUCGUGGGGAGCACGGCUGCCCCCCGGCAGCGGGCAAGGAAGAGGACCAAAGUGCUGUCUUUGGCCAAGAGGAUUCUGCGUUUCAAGAAGGAAUACCCAACCCUGCAGCCAAAGGAGCCACCACCCUCCCUGCUGGAGGCGGAUCUCACAGAGUUUGACGUGAAGAAUUCUCACCUGCCAUCAGAAGUUUUGUACAUGCUGAAGAAUGUGAGGGUCCUGGGCCACUUUGAGAAGCCACUCUUCCUGGAACUUUGCAAACACAUGAUCUUUGUACAGCUGCUCGAAGGGGAACACGUCUUUCAGCCGGGGGAACCAGAUACCAGCAUCUAUGUAGUGCAGGAUGGGCGCCUGGAAGUCUGCAUCCAGGACGCGGAUGGCACCGAGGUGGCAGUCAAGGAGGUUCUGGCUGGAGACAGCGUCCACAGUCUCCUCAGCAUCCUGGAUGUCAUCACUGGCCACACUGCUCCAUACAAAACUGUGUCCGCCCGUGCGGCUGUCCCUUCCACCGUCCUCCGGCUCCCAGCAGUGGCUUUUCAAGGAGUUUUUGAGAAGUAUCCUGAAACCCUGGUGAGGGUAGUGCAGAUCAUCAUGGUGCGGCUGCAGCGGGUCACCUUUCUGGCUCUGCACAACUACCUGGGCCUGACCACAGAGCUCUUCAACCCUGAGAGCCAGGCUAUCCCCCUGGUGUCUGUGGCCAGCGUGGCUGCUGGCAAGGCCAAGAGGCAGGUGUGCUGUGGCUCUGAGGAUCGUCUUGAGAGGCCCCUCCGGCCCCAGGAGUCCUGCGAUCCAGAUCGAGGGGGCAGCCGUGCAGCAGCCCCUGGGCCUCUGCUGAAGAGGAGCCAGUCCUUCCCGCUGCCUUCUGUUCACGAAGAGAUCCUGGAUGAGCUCAGCAAGGCCCAGGCAGGUGACCAGGCCCCUUUUGCUCCACCAGGGGGCACAGCAGGUGCAACCUCAGACCUGAGGAUGGCAUGUGACCGUGCCAGGGUCCUUCUCCAUGCAGAAGAACGCCUUGGGAGCUCUGUGGCCAGCAAGUCCAAGAAGAACGUGAUUGUUGCAGACACUCCCUCUGCGGUCUUCCACUACUCAGAGACUAACUUAGAUGAGACUGUCUCCAGCAGGAAGACAGAUGCUAUCUUCAGAGCCGCCAAGAAGGACCUGCUCACCCUGAUGAAGCUGGACGACACCUCGCUCUUGGAUGGCCGGGUGACGCUUCUCCAUGUUCCAGGGGGCACGGUGGUGUCGAGGCAGGGAGACCAGGACGUGAACAUCCUCUUUGUGGUCUCGGGGCUGCUGCAUGUGUACCAGCGGAAGAUCGACAGUGAGGAGGACACCUGCCUAUUCGUAGUGCGCCCGGGGGAGAUGGUGGGCCAGCUGGCAGUGCUCACGGGAGAGCCCCUCAUCUUCACCAUCAAGGCCAACAGGGACUGCAGCUUUCUCUCCAUCUCCAAGGCCCACUUCUACGAAAUCAUGCGGAAGCAGCCAACGGUGGUCCUGGGCGUGGCGCACACCGUCGUCAAGCGGGUGUCGUCCUUCGUGCGGCAGAUCGACUUCGCCCUGGACUGGAUGGAGGUGGAGGCCGGGCGCGCAGUGUACAGGCAGGGAGACAGGUCAGACUGCACCUACAUCGUCCUCAGUGGCCGGCUGCGCUCUGUGAUCCGCAAGGAUGAUGGCAAAAAGCGCCUAGCGGGGGAGUAUGGCCGCGGAGACCUCAUCGGUGUGGUGGAGACGCUCACCCACCAGGCCAGGGCGACCACGGUGCAUGCCGUUCGGGACUCAGAGCUGGCCAAGCUUCCGGCGGGAGCCCUGACAUCCAUCAAGCGCAGGUACCCGCAGGUUGUGACUCGGCUGAUUCAUCUCUUGGGUGAGAAGAUUCUGGGCAGCCUCCAACAGGGAACUGCUUCUGGUCACCAGUUUGGGCUACACACUGCAGGCAGCAAGUGGGACUCGGGGAACCCUGCCAGCAACCUCUCCACGGUGGCGGUCAUGCCUGUGUCGGAGGAUGUGCCCCUCACCGCCUUUGCCCUGGAGCUCAAGCACGCCCUCGGUGCCAUCGGCCCUGUCCUACUGCUGACCAGUGACAACAUCAAACAGCGCCUUGGCUCUGCUGCUCUGGACAGUAUCCACGAGUACCGGCUGUCCAGCUGGCUGGGGCAGCAGGAGGACAUCCACCGCAUCGUGCUCUACCAGGCGGACAGCACGCUCACACCGUGGACCCAGCGCUGCAUCCGGCAAGCCGACUGCAUCCUCAUCGUGGGCCUGGGAGAGCAGGAGCCCACUGUGGGCGAGCUGGAGCGGAUGCUGGAGAGCACGGCCGUACGAGCCCAGAAGCAGCUGGUCCUGCUGCACCGGGAGGAAGGGCCCGCACCCUCCCGCACCGUGGAGUGGCUGAACAUGCGCAGCUGGUGCUCCGGCCACCUGCACCUGUGCUGCCCGCGCCGCGUCUUCUCCCGGAGAAGCCUGCCCAAGCUGGUGGAGAUGUACGAGCGAGUCUUCCAGAGGCCCCCAGAUCGGCACUCGGACUUCUCCCGCCUGGCUCGGGUGCUGACUGGCAACGCCAUCGCCCUGGUGCUUGGGGGUGGAGGAGCAAGAGGCUGUGCCCAGGUUGGCAUCAUCCGGGCCCUGACGGAGUGUGGCAUCCCUGUGGACAUGGUUGGAGGGACGUCCAUCGGGGCCUUCAUGGGCGCCCUAUACUCCGAGGAACGGAACUACAGCCAGAUACGGAUCCGGGCCAAGCAGUGGGCUGAGGACCUAUGGAUCCCCUACUUUACCAUCACCACAGACAUCACAGCCUCUGCUAUGCGGGUCCACACGGACGGCUCCCUGUGGAGGUACGUGCGUGCCAGCAUGUCUCUGUCAGGCUACUUGCCUCCCCUCUGCGACCCCAAAGACGGACACCUGCUGAUGGACGGGGGCUACAUCAACAACCUCCCAGCGGAUGUGGCCAGGUCUAUGGGGGCAAAGGUGGUGAUCGCCAUUGAUGUGGGCAGCCAGGAUGAGACGGACCUCACCAACUAUGGCGACGCGCUGUCUGGGUGGUGGCUGCUGUGGAAGCGCUGGAACCCCUUGGCCACAAAAGUCAAGGUGUUGAACAUGGCGGAGAUCCAGACACGCCUGGCCUAUGUGUGCUGCGUCCGGCAGCUGGAGAUGGUGAAGAACAGUGAGUACUGUGAGUACCUGCGCCCCCCCAUCGACAGCUACGGUACUCUGGACUUUGGCAAGUUCAACGAGAUUUGCGAAGUGGGGUAUCAGCACGGGCGGACAGUGUUUGACAUCUGGGGUCGAAGUGGUGUGCUGGAAAAGAUGCUGCAGGACCGGCAGGGAACGAGCAAGAUGAAGGCGUGUGAUGUCCUCACCUGCCCCAAUGCCUCCUUCACGGACCUUGCUGAGAUUGUGUCACGCAUUGAGCCUGCCAAAGUAGCCACAGUGGACGAUGAAUCUGACUACCAGACCGAGUAUGAGGAGGAGCUGCCAGAUGGCUCCAAGGACACGUAUGCUGACUUCCAGAGCGCCCCGGCCCACUUGGGCUCCGACUCGGAGGACGAACCGUCACUUCGGCAUCGGUACCCCAGUCUGGCUUCCCCAAACUGCCCCGCUGUUGACACGCUGACGAAGAUGGGUAGAGCCCCUCACUCUGAUGCGCCCUAGAGUCUGCCUCUGCUGUGGGCCUUUCUCAGAGACAGGGCUCCUAGAGCUCCUGGGGGCUCUUCCCCACCGGGCUGGGGCCCAGCGCCCUGUGCGCCAUGGGUCCAGCUUCAUCUGUGCCGGACCCAACCUGUAUGUGUUUGGGGGGGGGGGGGGGGGGGGGGGGGGGCGGGGGCAGGUCUCUGGCUUCUGUGUACCGGCAGCUGCUGGUGGAGCACUCGGUCCUGGCACCCCUGCACCCACAGCAGUCCUAGGGGCUCCUUGAGGCCUCUGAGAGAUGUUGGAGCCCCUGAAGCAUCAGGGCCUGAUGUGUCAAUAAAGGUAGAUCUGAUUGUG